UGGUGCUUGUAAAGAUACACUGUUUUCGCAUCACGACACCCCGUUUGCACCAUAUAAGGUAUAGCGGCGCGCCUCUUGGUGCUUGUAAAGGUGCACUCGAUUCCCUCGACCCUCGCCGCCUUGCGCUGCACGACGGCGAGAUGCUAUCCGCCCGCGCAGGUAUAAAAGCAGUGGCUCCGGACGCCAUGAUGCCCCCAUCGCCUCCCUGCGUCGCGCAGAAGUUCGAUACCCUCCGCCAUGUCUAUCACACAGUCGGCAUACUACUGUAAUCACGAUGACCUUGUCUCUGGCUACUCCGGUUUGACGACCGAGCACUGGCAAUGGUGCGGAUCGCCUGACGCGACAUCGGGUGAUCUCUUCUUUGCCCCGGAUGCCGAGCUCCUCAUCGGCGAAGUGUCCUCUACACCGGUGCCUUACGCAGAUCCGCUGGCUCUAGGUACAACGUCGCAGUCAGUGGACGCAUUUCGGACCUUUGAGAACGAUGUCCUGUGGGACUACCUUCCUCCUGUCGUAUGGUCCUCGGAACCGCUCGUGCCGAGUGCCGUUGACGUGUCUCAGGUUCCCUGCUACGACGCGGGCAUCUCAUAUAUGAGCCCAAGUGGAAGCUCUACGGGCACCACGAUCUCCACGUCGUCUCCCUCCUCCUCCUGGGAGGACUCGUUCGCCUCCUCUCCCAGUUCCGAUGCUGCAUCAUCCUCUGUUCCGCUUCCCGGACCUUCCCGCGGCCCAUCUACCGCCCGUUCGUCACGUAAAGAUACCAGACGCGCGAGAUCGAACGCAUUCUCUCCCGUCCCGCACACCCUCACAUCGUCGUUCCUCCGCCGGGCACGCACGACAACCCCGCGCAACAAGCAAGUCGGGUUUGCCUCCACGACGCAGCGCGAGGAACACAACGGGUGGUUUACCUGCUCGCACUGUGAUUUCUUGACGCGGCGCAAGGGCGACUUUGACCGCCACGUCCGCACGCACUUCGCGCUCAGUCGCGGGCCAGAGUGGGUCUGCUGUGGGGUGCCGGAGGAGGACGCGCCAGGACACUCUGGGGAGAAGUACGAGCAUGGAGGGAGGCGAAUGGUUGGUGGAUGCCUUAAAAGCUUCAGCCGGCGGGACUCAUGGCUCCGACAUCUGCAGAAGGCGGGAUGCUUGCGACCUGUACAUCGGUAGGUGGUGGGUGGGUGUGUAGGAGUAGAAGCCUUGAGCUCGAGUCACUUAUGUUCAGCUAGCCACAUUUUGAUGCGUUUAACCAUCA